AUCAAAGGAUGAUUAUUGUCAAUUCGAGUCAGUAAUUCUAGAGGAUUUUCAAAUUUACUCGAUUGUAUUUUCUUAGCUACUUCGAUUCGGGGCGCAGUUUUUACCCGAUUAAUACGAUAGACUUUAUACUUUUAUAUUAACACUCGUGUCAAUUUUUUAACAAACGAAUUUAGAAUCUGUAGAAUAUUUUUUUACGAUUUAAAAAGGAACAAAAAACGAAUUCAAAUCGCUACAAACCAGCGUGAGAUAAUCCUGCCAAAAAAUGCACUUCUUUUUAUCUUACCAUUCGUAGGUACUGCUCAUUAAUUAAUUAAUCAAUUAACCCCCGAAAGAGAGAAAGGGUUGAAAUUUUGGUUGAUUUGAAAACUGAAAUUAUACAAAAACUCAAGAAUUUCAUUCACGAUUUUAACCAUAGUGAAAGUUUCACAAUCACCCCCACACCGUCACACGUUAUCAUUUACCUCGUUUAUAAGAUAAUUAAUUGAAUCAUGAUGAUGAAAUUGAAAAAUCGUUAUGUACUUAUAUUUAAACGCUAUUCAUAUAUAUACACCAUUAUAUACAUACAUAAUAUUAUAUAAAGUGAAAUAAAAAAAGAAUGAAAAAUAAAUAUUGCGAAAAUAAUUAACUCACGAAAUCAGCGCACGUUUUGGAUCUAAUUGAUGAUAGGAGGGGGUCGAAGAAGCAGAGGGUAUAAAAAUUUUUUUGCUUACACGGUGGCAUCUGCGGUGGGCUAUGAAACGCCAUAAUUUCCUGUAGUGCAUGUGUCGCGUGCCGAAAAUAGACAGACGACCCUCUCAGAUCUCGUGCCAUGCGGGGGGCGAAUUUUUCUCCACAUUGUACAGAGAGAUGUACGAACAGUUCAAAGCGAACGGUGCUGAGUGGAACAUUCUUCUGGAGAAAAAUUUCAUCCCGUAUUCCCGAAUUUCAGUACUCACCUUCCGAUAAGGUCGCGACGGUCUUUCAGGGCCGAGCUUCGAUUUUUGAUCAGACUAAUCGAAGUCAGUUGAUUAGCUCACGUACGAGUCCGGUGUCAUUGUGAAUUUUGUUCGACGCGCGAUGCGUUUCCGAUGAAAACCUCGAAUCACAAGUGCCGUAGGAAUUCUUGAACCGAAAUAAACUGCGGGGGUCAGCGGCCGUUCAAGUUCAGAUUUUCGUCGACGUUGCCGUGAAAUUUCCGGCGACUCGAACGAUCGAUUGCAUUGAGGAGUUUUUGGGAAAAAAGUCAGCGAAAAUUUCGAUCGACGAUACCCGCGUUUCGAUAUUUGAAUGAGGCGCAAAAUUACCGGACGGAGUGUUUGAGUUUAAUCGGAAGUUUAAUUGUAAUUACAAGCCAGACGUCGCGUCGCAGAAAAAUAAAAUGGGUGGGGGUGGCGCUGGACCGACGAUCAGGAUGGCGUCAUCCGGUGCACACGGUGCCGGGGGUGUCGCUUGUUGUUUCUGCCGUUGUUGCACCUGCAUCCACGUAGAAUUUUUGAAAACUUUACCAGGCAUGGUGAAAGUGGCGGAAGCGGUAAUCAGUAGCCUGAUCCAAUAUCUGCUGAUCAAUUACGGCCUGAGAUACAGCGCGACGAUCGGUUCCGCGUACGAAAGUGCUCUGACGACGUGUUCGGCCUGUUUCCUGAAUUCCGCAGUUCUGUUGGCCUGCUAUAUAGUUUCGGAAAAAUCUUACAGGCUUAUAAGAUCGUCGCUUUUCGAGCUCAUGUUCAACGCACUCGCAUCUUUUCUCUAUCUGAGUUCCGCCUCAUAUUUGGCUUUCGCCACGAAAAUGUUCUUGUGGGGACAAUAUCUGCUCACACCUGGAUUCGACGUUUAUCCGGCUAUGAGCGCGGCUUACAUGCUUUGCGGACUGGUCGGCGUUAUUCACGGUGCGGACGCUUACUAUUCUUACCAACAUUACAAGGGAGGUCGGUAGCGUGGGACAGCGAAAUCUUGUAAAUUAAUUAAAUCGUCGUUACAAUCGCGUUAAUUAUCGAAAAAUUUUUUUAUAACUUAUUUAUCCUCGAAUGAUGUUCGACAAUCGCUCAUUUCACGAAUUCGUCGUGAGAAGACCUAGUCAUCGACGGAGUAACGAAUCAAUUAAUUGAUUAAUCAACCGUCAAAUGUAUUUCGCAAAACUCGUCGCCGAUCAAAAAACUGUCUGCACUGCAGUUUGAUAUCAACACAUGUACUCGUAACGAGACACCUUGUAAAAACUCAUUUCUCUUUCGAAAAAAUAUUUUGUCGAACGUACACAUUUUCUUUGUUUAAAAAUGAAGAAGGAAAAAUAUAUCGCGCAGCCUUGUACUCGAAAAAUUUAUCGAAAUUGGAUUAAGAAAGAGAAAAAUUUACAGCGGUGUUUUUUUUUUCUGCAAAUUCGAUUAAAUUGUAUGUGUUUUUUUUUUCGUUCAUUAAAUGUAUUCGUAGUCUGAAUUCGUAUCACGUAUAACGCCAGCAAAUGAGCUACGACUCUACACGAGACCUACAAGGAAUUCACCUCGGUAUUAUAAAUAAAUAAAAACAAUCUACAAGGUAAA